UCUGUCUUUCUUUCUCGCUCUCUCUGUCUCAAUAUCGUUCUGUCUAUCUCUCUUUAAUCUCCCUAUUUCUCUGAAAGAUUGUGUGGUUUGCUCAUAAAGUAAGAAAGCUUCCGGUAUCUGUGAACACCAUGACCAUUAACCACUCAACCAGCAGCAGCCUGAAAACACAGGCUCCAAAACCACCACCAGACCCCAACCACACCUCAUCGUCUAACUCUCAAGCUGAGUGAAGGGGUAUUUUCAGAGAGCAACUAUAGAAUGUGACUUCCUUUUCAACUAACAUACAGUAAAAAUGAAAUAGAACAGCAGCCCUCAAAAGUAAGUCUCUUGUCUUUCUUCUCUCUAUCUUCUCUGUGUGUUUUGGUUAGUCAACUGCUAGCUGUCAGUGCCAGUGAUAAGAACAUACAGCGGGAGAAAACAGUCAACGCCUUACAGAGAUGUCUGCUGGUCCCUUCUUCUCCAAAUACGGAAUACUACUUCUUCUAGGCUCCAUCUUCCAAUAUGGUGUAGGUGUUCCUCUGAUCAUCAACAAGAGAGUGGGGGACUCCGUGGAGCUGCAGGCGGGCUUAGAGACGGGACAUUUCAAAUCCUUGGUGUGGAAGUUUAUGGGAAAGGAUAUUGCAGAAUUCAACUCAGAAGUUGUAUAUUCACCUGGAUCCCAGUUUGAGGGGAGACUAAAGAUGAACACCAACAACUACAGUUUAACAGUCAGAGAACUGACACUGCAAGACUCAGGGGAUUUUCUACAUACAGGCGAAGGGGACAAAGGUCAGAUUGGCAGUAAGACCAUCACUCUGAAGGUCCACGAGCCUAUAUCCAAGGUGGCGAUCCAGACAGACAUCAAGCUAUUGUCCAACCACUCCUGUAUGGUGCUGCUGGUGUGCAACGUGUCCUCCUACCCCAACAUUACCUACACCUGGGAGAUAGACAAUGAGAUCUACGGGGAUGGCCAGCAGAUUCACUUCUCUCUCUCACCAGCAGAGAGAGACAUCAGUGUAAAUUGCAACGCCUCCAACCUAGUCAGUUGGAAAACUGCCUCUGCGACAGUAAAGUGUAGAAAUGACACAACCACCCCAGGACUGGCGUGGUAUACCAUGUACAUCGGAAUAUCAGUAGGAGGCGCUGUGGUGCUAAUCCUCACUGUAGCUGUGGCAGUGUGCUACUGCAGGGGCCGAAGUAACACAGCAGAUCUAACUGACAACACAAUAUAUGCUGAUAUUAUGGACAACACAAUAAUUAGAGAUACAAGAUCAAACAGUCAUGUAAACCCAAUAUCCAUCUAUGAAACUGUCAAGGUUAUCCCAAGAUUGAACAAGCCACAGACUCUGUAUGACAAGAUCACAUUUGGACGCCCAGAAGGCCCCCAAUCUCCCUACCAGGAAGUACUGUGAGCUGAACAGGAUGUGGUCAUAGGUUGGGCCUUCCAUAGAUAUGUAACCUUCUGCAUCCUCUGCAACUUACACGUGUAUAUUCUGUAGAUAGGCCUAGAUGUUACUGUUAAAUUUCAUCCCAACCUACACUAUUUGCUUCUAUUUCCUUCUCCCUUUGAUGAGUCUCAUAUAUACAGUAUAUCAUAAGGCCUUAUAUGUUCCUUUGAAGGCCUAGAUACAAUUAGAAGAUUUGGAAAUGUGUAAUAGGCAGUAGAAGGCGUGGUGAUCAGACAAGCUCAUGUCGAAUUUCUAUUUUCUAGAUUAAAGACAAUUGUUUUAGAUACUAGUAGGACAUUGAUUAGUGAGGUUGAUUUAUGCCUGUGUACUCUUUUGCGUUGUUAUUAUGUGCUCGCCAGGCAUCAAUGAGGUUGUAAUCAGAGAGUAUAUGCUCUAGAGCCUUGGUUGCGUGUUGAUUGUAGAUGGUCUUAUUUGAUUUGUCAGCAUUUCCAAAAUGGCAUUCAUGUCUGUCCCAAUUACCAGAUGUAAUUCAGUUCAUUCUAAAAAACAAAUAUGCUAUUCAGAGAAAAACAAAUAAGUAUACCUUAUUUGCAUGCCUUGCGUGCCUUGCAUUUAGAGUGAAUUGUAAUUAACUCUCAUGACUGUAUUUGUUAGCGGCAGAGGCAUGAUUGUUGUAUUGAAUGGUUUUAAGUACUCUAGCCUUCACCAAGUGAUUGUCUAUGUGGAUAUGUUAUCUUUAAAAUUAAACUCAUUAUGACAACACAUUACAUAUAUCAUAAAUCCCCUGAGGGCCUAGUGACACCCUAACACACUGGUCUGAAGCUCCUGGUUUAGUCAAAUUAUGCCGGCUUGCAAAGGGAUGUGUCAUUUCUAUUGGAAUCCAGCCAGAGUUAGGAUAUCCAACCAUUUAAACUUUCAGUCACACGCAACCUGCAUUCAGAAUGACUGUUGGGGUAGGGAAGAUUGAUUUUGAGAAUUUCUAAAUCAUAUAAACUGGAACAAACAUAUCAGUAAUGGGUGAAAUAAGUCUAACUACUAACAGAUUGGAAUAGUUGAGAAAAAUCGAUGUUAUCUAUGUUUGUGUAGCAUAAGAUUAAUCAACCAGUCAUAGUAAAUAUCAAAUAAAAUCUAAUUUAUUAAUAUAGCCCUUAUUACAUCAGCUGAUAUCUCAAAGUGCUGUACAGAAACCCAGCCUAAAACCCCAAACAGCAAGCAAUGCAGGUGUAGAAGCACGGGGGCUAGGAAAAACUCGCAAGAAAGGCCAAAACCUAGGAAAAAACCUAGAGAGUAACCAGGCUAUGAGGGGUGGCCAGUCCUCUUCUAGCUGUGCCGGGUGGAGAUUAUAACAGAACAUGGCCAAGAUGUUCAAAUGUUCAUAAAUGACCAGCAUGGUCAAAUAAUAAUAAUCACAGUAGUUGUUGAGGUUGCAACAGGUCAGCACCUCAAGAGUAAAUGUCAGUUGGCUUUUCAUAGCGGAUCAUUGAGUGUAUCUCUACCGCUCCUGCUGUCUCUAGAGAGUUGAAAACAGCAGGCCUGGGACAAGGUAGCACAUCCGGUGAACAGGUCAGGGUUCCAUAGCCGCAGGCAGAAAAGUUGAAACUGGAGCAGCAGCACGGCCAGGUGGACUGGGGACAGCAAGGAGUCAUCAUGCCAGGUAUUCCUGAGGCAUGGUCCUAGGGCUCAGGUCCUCCGAGAGAGAGAGAAAGAAACAAAGAGAGAAUUAGAGAGAGCAUACUUAAAGUCACACAGGACACCGGAUAAGACAGGAGAAAUACUCCAUAACAGACUGACCCUAGCCCCCCGACACAAACUACUGCAGCAUAAAUACUGGAGGCUGAGACAGGAGGGGUCAGGAGACACUGUGGCCCCAUCCGAUGAUACCACCAGACAGGGCCAAACAGGCAGGAUAUAACCCCACCCACUUUGCCAAAGCACAGCCCCCACACCAAUACAAAAGGUAUUGAAACAAACCGUUGAGAAAAUCAAUCUGCAAGAGUUCAUGCUGGAAUAAUGAUAAUGAUGAUGAUUGGUGUCGUUUUGAGUUGUUUUGAGCAAACAUUAAUUAUGUAUUUUACUCAACAAGCUUGUUCAAAUACAACUGACUUCAAGCAGAGUUUGUUGAUUAAAGACUAACACAUUG